UGGGUGUGGCUGACACAUCGUGUAGCAGCAGCAGCAUUAGCCCUGUUAGCUGAGACUGGAGGCUGAUCUGCCCUUGGCUCGGCUCACAGUCUGUGUGAGGCUCAUGCUUACAGGCCGAGGGCAGCAGUUACAGUGCAGCGGGGCGGCCAGGGCUGUGUAAUUGGAAACCAAGGUUUCUCCCUCUCACACUGUCAAAGACUCUGCUACUUUCCAUUCACCGGCAGGGUCAGGACUCAGGACGGAUUCCGCAUUGAAAAGAAGAGCUCCCAGGCGUAAUAAGAGGCAGCAGCCGGGAUUAUUGCGCUACCACGUCCCUUCCAGCGAGUCAGCAGGCAGCGCAGCACCAGGGAUUUACUAACAGCAGAGAGUUUCCAAUGUUAAAAAGCUCUGAAGGCAAUAUCACAGCAGCAGCCUGAUCCUAACAUGUGGGGCCGGGACUGAGGUCUGAGGUCUUCUGAUUGCUUCCAAAAUUGGGUUGUGUGGCCUGGAUUAAAAUAUAUAUUUAGAAAAAAUGGCAUCAUUGGCGGUCCAGGUUUUCAUUGGGCUAGCUGUUUACACCAGUUGCGCCAUAGGAUCUCUGCAGCCGCAAGCAAGAGUUUUUCUGACUUUCAAUGAUCUUCAAGAGACAAAGACAUCAGAAUAUUAUAGUUUAUCUCAGAGUCCCCUGGACUACAGGAUUUUGUUGAUGGAUGAAGAUCAGGACAGAAUCUACGUGGGAAGCAAAGAUCACAUUCUCUCAUUGAACAUUAAUAACAUAAGUCAUGAUCCUAUGAGUGUUUUCUGGCCGGCUUCUGCAAAUAAAGUUGAAGAAUGCAAGAUGGCUGGCAAAGAUCCCACACAUGGCUGCGGUAAUUUUGUACGUGUGAUUCAAAGCUUCAACCGAACCCAUUUGUUCAUUUGUGGAAGCGGAGCCUUCAGUCCUAUUUGCACAUAUGUCAACCGAGGCCGCAGGUCUGAGGACCGCAUAUUUUUAAUUGAUUACAAAAAUGAAUCUGGAAAAGGACGUUGUUCUUUUAACCCAAAAGUAAACACCGUUUCUGUUAUGAUCAAUGAAGAGCUGUUCUCUGGAAUGUAUAUUGAUUUUAUGGGCACUGACUCCGCCAUAUUUCGCAGUCUGACAAAACGCAAUGCGGUGAGAACAGAUCAGCACAACUCCAAGUGGCUAAGUGAGCCAAUUUUUGUGGAUGCACAGCUCCUUCCAGAUGGAACAGACCCAAAUGAUGCAAAGGUUUAUUUCUUUUUGAAAGAAAGAUUGACUGACAGCAGCGGGAGUACCAAGCAAAUCCAUUCCAUGAUAGCCAGAGUCUGCCCAAAUGACAUUGGUGGACAAAGAAGUCUUGUUAACAAAUGGACGACGUUUUUAAAAGCACGGCUGGUAUGUUCAGUUAUGGACGAUGAUGGGACAGAGACCCACUUUGAUGAAUUAGAGGAUGUUUUUCUCAUGGAAGCAGACAAUCAUCGGUCUACGCUAGUAUAUGGCAUUUUUACUACUUCAAGCUCAGUGUUCAAAGGGUCUGCGGUAUGCGUUUACCACAUGUCUGACAUCCAGACUGUGUUCAAUGGACCAUUUGCACACAAAGAAGGCCCAAACCACCAGUUAAUUCCUUAUCAGGGUAGGAUUCCGUAUCCAAGGCCUGGUACGUGCCCUGGAGGUGCUUUUACCCCAACUGUGCUGACAACUAAAGAAUUCCCAGAUGACGUUGUUACCUUCAUAAGAAAUCAUCCACUUAUGUUUAACUCAGUCUAUCCAGCACAUAAGAGGCCACUUCUAAUAAGAACAGGAACAGAUUACAAGUAUACAAAGAUAGCCGUGGAUAGAGUAAAUGCAGCCGAUGGGAAGUACCAUGUCCUAUUUCUUGGAACAGACAAGGGGACUGUGCAUAAAGUUGUCGUUCUUCCCAGUAAUGGCUCUGUGAGUGGAGAGCUCAUCCUAGAAGAACUGGAGGUUUUCAAGAGUCAUUCCCCCAUAACGUCAAUGAAGAUUUCUCCAAAAAAGCAACAAUUGUAUGUCAGCUCAGAGGAAGGUGUCACACAGGUGUCUUUGCAUCGCUGCCACAUAUAUGGCACUGCCUGUGCAGACUGCUGCCUGGCCAGAGAUCCUUACUGUGCCUGGGACGGAAAGUUCUGUUCCAGGUAUUAUCCAUCGGGGAAGAGGAGAAGUAGACGACAGGACGUAAAGCAUGGGAAUCCAGUUACUCAGUGUCGUGGAUUUAACAUGAAAGAAUACAGGAACACUGAAGAGAUUGUUCAGUAUGGAGUCAGAAAUAACACAACUUUCCUGGAGUGCAUUGCAAAAUCUCCACAGGCCUCUGUUAGAUGGCUUCUACAGAAGGAUAAUGACCGGAGGAAAGAGGUGAAAUUAAAUGAAAGGAUCAUUUCUACUGGCCAAGGGCUUCUUAUCCGUUCUGUCCAGGACAUUGACCAAGGACUGUAUCACUGCAUAGCCACAGAGAAUACCUUCAAGCAAACAAUUGCAAAAAUCAAUUUAAAAAUAUUAGAGCCGGAGCUUGUGACUUUCAUGACUGAUAAAUCCCAACUGAUCUGGGCCAGUACAUUGAGUGGACUACAGUUUUAUCCCAAGGACCUUACUGGAUCAUUCAGUCACUCUGAGAUGCAGAUGAUUAACCAGUACUGCAAAGAGAGCAGGCAGAAGAAGAGUCAGGUAGCAGCAAUUCCAAAACUAAAAGGGGAUUACAGCAAACUAAAAGUCCUUAUGAACACCAGGAAAAGCAGGAACAGAAGAAAUCAGCUGCCUGGAUCUUAAGCAAUAGUUUUUCUUUAUGAUUACAGACAAACAGUAUGAUUCUAUUUGUCCCACUAUAAUAAUUAAAAUUAGAUAAUUAUAUCAUAGCAUCAUGUGAUGGGAUCCAGUCCUUAGGUUGACUGCUCUUAGGUCAACACUCAUUAGGUCAACCACUGUUGGUCGACAUGGUCUAUAGGUCAACAUGUUCACUAGGUCGAUAUGUACAAGGUCGACAUGAGUUUUUCACUUUUUUUAUUUGUUUUUUUACUUUUUCAUACUUUACGAUCCACGUGAACUAUGAUUGGGAAUAGUAACCUGUGCCGAACGCAACGGUAGUGGAGCGCGGCACCUUGCCCGAAGCAUGGCGAGGAAAGCGGUGCACUAUUUGGGGUUCAUGGUCACUUUACAAAGAAAAUUACACCAAAAAACAAAACAAAACCCAAACCUCAUGUCGACCUUGUUCACAUCGACCUAACGACCAUGUCAACCUAUUUAAGGUGUCGACCAAUAGUGGUCGAUCUAAUGACUGUCAACCUAGAUACAGUCAACCCUAUGAUCCACACCCCAUGUGAAUAUAUGAUGUUAAUAGUUUUCCUUUUUAAAGAGCUACGAAGUUACUAAGCAUGUUUGCAUGUUCCUCCAAUAUUAUAUUGGGUGGUAAAAAUGCAUACAUGAGUCCCUGGUGAAUUGUGUUUUCAUAUUAGCUUUCAGAAGAUUAAGUUAAUACUAAUUAUUAUUUAUUACUACUUUUUUUUUAUCCAGAUAGAAAUGAAACUGAUCAUAAAGCUAACCUUAUCCUUUCUGUAGCACUCCCUUCCAGUUCCAUGACCAUACUGGCUACAUAUAUGUGCUAUAUGUAAUGGAGGGCUCCAGAAAUGUGUCUUAAUAGAUUGUUAGUAAGGACAUAUUGAUUGGCAAAGUGGUUCACAGAUGUCCACUUAUCCUACAGUAUACUGUAUACUGCAAAGCAGUGCUACAAAUCUCUUCCACCUUAUACUGUAUCAUGCAUGUAUCUUAAUAUACAUAGAUAUUUCCAUUUACUGACAUAGUUUAAACAACCAUAUAGCACUAAUAAACACAAUAGAAAGGAGAAAAAGUGAACUUUAUUUAUAUUGUUGGUAAGAUGGUCUUUGGAAACGGAUGGCAUAGUAAAAUAAAACAUAUAAGGGCUGUAAUAGACCUACAGUUGCAAUGAUUUUAUUGUCUUUUAAAAAAAACUGAUUAUUUUCAUAUGAAAAAGGGAAAGUUUUACAGUACAAAGUGUUCUUUCUGCUGCUUAGUAUAUGAUCUUGUUUUUCUGAGAUGUGGUUUGAAUGUUUGUCCUAUUUCCAUUCAGAGGACAGGGAGCACAGUAAACCCCUGUACUAAUCCCACUCUGAAUAUUUUGUUAAGAAUUACCUAAAGUCAGUAUAAAAAAAGUAUAGAAAGUGUGUAUGUUUCUUAAUCCAAUUACAAAUCAAUAAGAUUGGCGGUGAUGAUGCUUAUAGCACUGGGAAAUGGUUUGUCAAAUAUGAUAAAUGUUGUUUUGAAUUUCAUAAGUUUGCAACUUGUGAACUUCGUAUGUAACGCAACAGACAAAUGGCCUAUUGGAUUUCAGGCUUGCUGACAGAGUAACAUUUUUAAGAAGCUUUCUUUGAAGUAAAGUGUUUUCAUCACACUAAUACAGCAUUCGUCACUGUCAGACAGAAAUGGCACUCUCUUUUGUGCUAUAUUUCACUGCUGGACAAUAAUACUGUUGCUAGUUUUUCCAGCAAUUGAAAUGUAAGUAAUAACGUCACUUUAUUUUCUUUUGCAAAUGGGGUUGCUACACACAGGUCCAAUCCAUGUUCAUGUGCCAAUUGUGGUAUCCCCAUUACUAGCUUAACUGCGGGAUAUGAGCUGAACAUUGUCAGGGCUGUGGCAAUCCUUCCAUUGUCACAUGACAGACUGUGCUCCAUUCCAGUUAUUUCAAUGGUAAUCACAUCCUUUAUAAUACUGUAUGUCGUAAAUUAUAUUUAUUCCAGAAAACUAUUUAAAAACCUAAACUAAUAACAGUCAAAAUGGUUAAAAACAACAAGCCAUAUUUAUUGUUCAUUGUUACAAUAAAUGUUAUUUACAAAUAGCUGUGCACUCUUACUGUAUAUAUCAGGCUUAAAGUCUUAAUUUAGUGUUGAUGUCUCAAGUGCCAUUACCAGAAGAAAAAUACCCGCAAGUGCUUGAUAUUAUACUGACAAACCACAGGACUAAAAGGAAUAUUGUUAAUUUACUCUAGCUGUGAAAUGGGUUUUAUUUGAUUAAUGUGUCAUAUAUUUAUAGAUGUAUUAUAUUGGACACACUUAUAAUUGAUUAUUUCUGGAUGGGAUCAAUUAACAUUAUUAAGGAAGCCUGAGAUUGCCUUUUUUUAUACUCAUCUCUGUGUCUAGUUUGCCCAUACACACAUGUACAAUACGUACUGAAAGAUAACUACUGCAUUUACCUCUGCAUGUCAUACAGUAACAAUAUCUUCGUGAUAAAUGCAGAACAGCCUGUGACCCUGCUCUGGUUACCAUAGGCUAAAAAUAUUAUAGGUUGUCGUAGAAAGUAAUUUUUUAUUCUAGCAUAGUGAAGUUUGCUCACCAUCUUGUACAAGUUAACAGUUCUGCUGUAAGUUGAUUGGGGAUUCUUCAUAUACUUUAUUUACUAGCAAAUCUUCAUUGUUAAGAUUUUUAAAUUGUAGCAACAACGCAAAAUGUACUCUUGUUUCAGACAUAUUCCACGGGUUAAACAUUUACAUUAUUCUUAUUUUAUCCCAUUGUAGGCCUCCUCUUAGCCUUUAAACUGAUAAUGCGCAGAACAUUCUGAAACAUCUUAUUUCAUUUAUUAUAAUAAAACAAUUCAAUUUGUAUAGAUAGUCACUAUUAUUCAUAGGCUCACACAUGUUCAUUAUCUUAUAAAUACACAUCAUUGAUCUUCAGGCCAAUUAUACAGAAAUACGUCAUCUGCAUAAAUAGACACCAUCGUCCUAUUCGAGUCAAUAUUUUGACGGGUGUCGAGAAUCUGACAUCAGGAUUCCAGCUGCCAGGAUCCUAAUAGCCGGAUCCCCUAUAUACAAUUCAACCUGUGUAUUGAACUCUAAGCGCUCAUCUACACAAUAAUAUCAUGCAUCCACAUGACUAUAUAAAACCUGUCUACAUAACAUCUACUUUAUAGUACACACAUACAUACAGUAUAUAUGUAUUAUAUACUACUACAUACACACACAUAUAUAUAUAAAUACAUGUGCACAAAUAUAACAUAUACCAUGUAAUGUCACACAUAACUCUGCUAUAAGUGUCACUGCUGUAAAAGUAGUUUGAUAUAAUCAUUAGUGCAAGUGAAACAACUCCGCUCUAACAAUUCACUAUUUUUAUCACUGUAUGAAGCUUUGGGUGUAUGAAGCUUCCAAUCAUAAUUUGUACUUGUAUAUGGCAUUGUUUGGGUGUUAAUAACAUAUGCAUAGGUGAUGACAGUAAAUCAAUGAAGGGACGUAACUAAACAUUUGUAAGAACCUUUCAGUUGUGAAAUACUCACACAUGUACACAUUGGGCAUUUAUAGGGAAGACCAUCCUCCCUCAGUUGUGGGCACCAUAGCACUCCCUGCACCUAUGGCAUUACGCCUUCAUGCCUUAGAAACUUCCAGUGUUUUUUGUAUAAAUCUUGUAUGAAGUUACAAAGUCCUGUUUUCAUUAAUAUCUCAUUGGAUGUCUUUUUUUUCGGCGGUUUUCAAAGAGCAAUUAGCUUUCAGACAUGUUAUAUACAGAUACUGUAACAGAACGCCAUAUCCAUAUAAAAAAAACCCUUAACAUUACAUAUCGAUGUCAUCAUAAUAUUUUUAGAUUGCAUCUUUAGUGUAGACCUGUGACCUGGGAGGCUUUGUGCACAUGUACACAUACUAGAGUACAAUUAUGAUUGAUUCAUAUACAUAUUAUUUUGCACUUUAAUAAAUGUUGCAUAUUAUCAUUGUAGUUUAUUACAGUUUACUAACAAAUUAGUAACUUAGAUAACAUUCUGCAUCAUGACCUGCAGUAAAGCUUAUUUAAUGACAUCCACAGAUUAGUGGCUUGCAAAGAGCCUGUUACUUGUUUAGCAAUUUAAGCGUUAUUGUAUUUGUGUUGUGCACAUUAUAAAUAAGCUUGUACAGUAUAUUGUAAGCCAUAUUUUCUGACCGCGCUUAAGCAAGAAUUCUGUAUCCAUUUUCCCACUGACCAUUUCUCCAACCCUAGCAGAGAAGCAAGAAAAAGGCGAAUAGGGAUUUUUUUUUAAAUGUUACCCUUCAAAACCGUGUUCCGUACACAGACUACAUUAUUGUAAUAUACAUGUUUCUAGAUUGUUUUUUGUGCUAUUUAAUGUGUCCGUUUUUAAGCCUUUUUAAAUUGAUGUAUAUAGAUAGAUUUUUGUUGUUUAUUUUUAUUUUAUAACUUGUACCAGCCAAAUACAUAUAUCAUUUUGUUGGUUAUAUUUUAUUUUAACAAUUGGUACUUAAAAUUGUAAUCUGUAAAGUUUGUCUCCACUGUCUCCUCAUUUGUACAUAAAUGGACUGCAUAUCAGAGAUGUUGUAUAGCAUCUAGCAUUUUGAUGAAACUGUUUCUACAGUGAAUAUGAAUGUGUUUAUAAUACAUGUAAUAAAUCAGUUCGAUAUUUAAUGAUGGUACUCAUUGCUUGUUUAAAUAAAAGACACAUGAUUUAACAUUA